AAAUCACAAUUCCCCUUUUCCUCCUUGGGACAGUCUGAUUUUUUUUUUGACUGGCACAAACCACGUUGUGUUUGGGGGUUCAAGUUUUGGACCCACCCUUGUGGGGCUUCUGUUACUGCCUGUCACAUAUUGACCAUCUGUUAUUUGACUGCCUCUCCUAGAUGACCUGCCAGUAAUUUGACUCCUCUGAACUCAUACAUAUGUACUUAAUUGGCAGCCUGGCACCAAUUGCAGUGCUCUGAGAAUUUCUUGAAUACUAGGGGACUGCAGAGAUUGUGGUUGGAAAGACCCAGUCUUGACUUUACAUGGCUUGUGGGGCAAAAUGCAGAGCCAGACAUUUACAUGGUACGAUUUGUUGUAACGAAAGUAUCAUCCAGUUUCAUAAGAACCUAGCGGUUGGACAGUGGCAUCGGCCUAUGGGAGUCAGAUAAAAAUUGCAAGGCCACCGAGAGUAGCUUUAUGGUGCCCUAUGCAUGAACAGGUGGUGUUUUUUCUUCCAAGAAGUCUGUGAGUAAAGUGUUUUCUGUAAAAUCUUCAUACCGUUUCAUUACCCUUUUCUUUUUCUUGUCCAUUAAAAGAAAGGCAACAAACAUGCUGUCAUUUUUCCCCUUCUAAAAUGAGUUUAUUUUGUAUUACAGAGGAAUCAGCAUGUGACCUGUUGUUUCAUCCUUUGUGCUCCUCUACUCUUCUCCUUAGACCUUUUAUUUAUUUUUUCCUCUCUCCUGCCAAAGCGGAUAGUGGAAUUUAACUAUUAACUGUCUUCAUUGAAACACAACUCAACAACUAUGAAAAAAAAUACGAAUUUCUGAAUGAUUAUAUCUUCAAUUGUUGUUGUAAUGAUGUUUCUUUCAGUGACAAAUUUCUGUAAAGCAACAUUUAUUUUGUUAAAAAAAACAUUAGAAAUUAUGAGAGAAUGAGGUGGAAUAAAAUAAAAAUAUGAGAUGAUUUUUGAGUACCAAAAAUCACUGAGAAUUUGAUGCAUUACUUAAGUCAUCCAGAAGAAAACCAAAAAUAAUUUUGAGGCAUAACCUAUGAUAAAAUAGAUGCGCCUACAUAACUAGAUUUUAUUCAGAUUUCAUAUGUCAAUAAAACAUUGUAUGAAUCAUCAAUAUGCAAACUACUUCUAUUUUAGUGAAACUAUUCACAAGAUAGUAGCUUUUCCAACAACCCAGUGCAAAGAUUUAUUUCCUCACUUUCCCCUUUAGUUUCUCUGGAAAAAAGCAUCUAUGAUUUUGUAUUAGAUGGUAGUCACUGGAAAGACAUAUAAUGUCAAUAAUAUUUAUGGUCUUCCUGAAUCUGGCCGUAUCCAUUGUACAGAACACCAUAUUCAGAAAGUUACGCGCUCACUCAUGUGGGCAAGUUAGUUUCACUAUGUUUUGAAGUAAAUUUCUAGAUCUAAAAAAAAAUGUAGUACUUCAGGAAAGUUUCAAGCACAGCUGAUUCUUAUAAAGAGUCUAUGCAUAAACAUCAAUGCUAGAAAAACAACUCAAUAAAAUUCUAAACCGAAAGAAUAUUGAGUAUGUCAUUCUUACACAUAAAAGACAACAGUUUGAACUCCAUAUUGCUGCUUCUGUAUAUCAAAAUAUCAGGUCAGUGAUUUAUUUGCAUGUAAAUAACACUGAUGAAAUUAAGUGGUUUCGAUUCAUCUGGCAUUCAUUAAGAUCUUACUAUAAGUGAUUCAGUUUCUAAAAGUCACAUUAAGAUCUUAGUAAUUAUUUCUGCAGUCAAUGGGAGAGAAUGAAACAUGGGUUACUUUCAUUAGAAAAUACAGUUAUUCCCAGUAGAAAGCAAAAACUGAGAGUUAAAGCAGAUUUUAGGCUUGACAUUGUAGAAUAUGUUUACUGUUAUCUGACGGUGCUUUCGUAAAGUGAGCUUAAGUUUUGGAGUGUAUAAGAAUGAUUUAUUAACCGAUAAACCUACAUCAACCUUCUGAGAGUCCACAGACAUGGGACCAGGAAAUUUGUUGUCUUUGCAAUUUAUUUAGCUGAUUCUGAAGUACUCUAAAACUCGAAAAUUACUGAUCUUGUACAGAAAAUAAUAAUCUAAUGUUUUAAGAAUUUUUUUGUUUGUUUCUCUGAAUGUUGUGGGUUCCCCCCGCAUUUUGUUUUUAUUUUAUUAGCAACCUUUCCUCUCGAUCUCACAAAAACUCGACUCCAGAUGCAAGGAGAAGCUGCCCUUGCUCGUUUGGGAGACAGUGGAAAAGAAUCUGCUCCCUACAGGGGCAUGGUGCGCACAGCCUUAGGGAUUGUCCAAGAGGAAGGCUUUCUAAAGCUUUGGCAAGGAGUGACACCUGCCAUUUACAGGCACUAUACUCUGGAGGUCGAAUGGUGACAUAUGAACAUCUCCGUGAAGUUGUGUUUGGCAAGAGUGAAGAUAAACACUAUCCUCUUUGGAAAUCGGUGAUAGGUGGGAUGAUGGCUGGUGUUGUUGGCCAAUUUUUAGCUAAUCCAACGGAUCUAGUGAAGGUACAGAUGCAAAUGGAAGGAAAAAGGAAACUUGAAGGAAAACCUUUGCGAUUUCGUGGUGUGCAUCAUGCAUUUGCGAAAAUCUUAGCUGAAGGAGGAAUACGUGGGCUUUGGGCAGGCUGGGUACCCAAUAUACAAAGAGCAGCGCUGGUGAAUAUGGGAGAUUUAACUACCUAUGAUACAGUGAAACACUAUUUGGUAUUGAAUAUACAGCUUGAAGAAAAUAUCAUGACUCAUGGUUUAUCAAGUUUCUGUUCUGGACUGGUGGCUUCUAUUCUGGGAACACCUGCUGAUGUCAUCAAGAGCCGAAUCAUGAAUCAACCACGAGAUAAACAAGGAAGGGGACUUUUAUAUAAAUCAUCAACUGAUUGUUUGAUUCAGGCUGUUCAAGGAGAAGGAUUUAUGAGUUUAUAUAAAGGCUUUGUACCAUCAUGGCUGAGAAUGACCCCUUGGUCACUGGUGUUCUGGCUUACCUAUGAAAAAAUCAGAGAGAUGAGUGGAGUCAGUCCAUUUUAAAUCCUUAAAGAUCCAGUCCCUAAAGAGACAGUGGUCAGUAUCACUGAAAUUUGAGCAUCUGCAACAUACUCCCCCUAUUCUUUCUACCUCUUUAGGAAGACACUCAAGAGACUCUGAUUAUAGGGGACGGCACUUUAUUUUUCCCUGGAAAACCAACUUUUCUUUGACUCCUCUUUUUGUUCAAAAGUAAUCAGGUUGGAUCACACAAGGCCACCAAAUGAGUUACCAAGCACAUCAUUUUCUAAAGAAGAAUCAAAUCCUGAUCAAGUACUUAUCUCAGGCAAGAAGAUUUGGCCUUUGAGAUACUAUGCUAUGCUGAAGAGCCUGCUUAAGGAGAAGUGGCAGGAAGGAUACAACAUCUCAGAUCUGAAGUAGACAAUAGAAAUGUAGAAGAACAUCUCUCUAUAGUGUUAAAAUGAUAUAUAACCUGUUAUGUCAGUAUUUACAGUUUAAAUUUGAUAAUUCACAUUUCUGUUGUUAAAGCGCACAUACUGUUCAUUAGAGGGUGACAUGAAAAUUCAUGAAAUAAACAUUUUGAGUUUCCCUAGUAUUGGAGGAAGUUGAUGUACCUUUUCUUAUCUGGAGGAUGAGAAAAAACAAGGUGAUAUGAUGUUUGUAUUUCAAGAAAAGUAGUGGCUUUCUGUCUUUGUCCCAACAUUCAGUCUGAUUUAAUGGUUAAUGUUCUACUACACAUGGUAAGGACAUCCUGACAGGCUCUGAAUCUGGAUGAAUUGCACGGAAGCAAUACGUACCUGGUUACAUUAUACUAUUACAAUUUGAACUUGUUACUAGCUCUCAAGAAUAUCAAUAUACUUUAAAAAUUCCCUUUAUUUGAUUAAGGCUUAGGUAGCUAAAUCCUUCUAAGAAAGUAACUUUAGUUCUCACCAGCCUUUCGGUGGCGUUUCAAAAGCUGACAUCAAACUGAGGUGAAGUAAAAAAUCUGACAUCAAACAGGUGAAGUUAGCCUGAGAUGAAGUUAGGGCUGAUAUGCAGCCUUUAUUAUCUUCUAUUCCUUAACACUAAUGACCCUAGAGAAAGAAACCCCAAAAACCUCAAAAGCUGUUUUAAGGCUGCAUCUUAGCCAGUGUGACAAAGCUUUCUACCGAAAGUGAUGAGCAAAAGUCAUCUGUGAUACACAGUUAGGUCUACAGUUACUGAAUCAAAUCUCAUCUAUUUUAGAAAGGUGAGAGGUUUCUUCAGAUUUGUUUACAUAACAUGUGCCCCCCCCCAAUUCAGAUAGUUUCUGGCUGGGUGACUAUAGUUAGAGUAGAGACCAACUGUCAAAACAGGAAAGCCGAAAAAGUUCAUAACCAACAAAGAUCUUGGAGCUAAUCAAAUAAAAUUUGAUAUGAUACAUGUAAUGUUGAACAGAAAAAAAAAUGUUUACAAGUUGCACUAAUGUCUAAAUCACUGCCAUUUUAAAAGAAGUAUUCUUUUAAAUAGAUUUAAUGUGAUGUGAUAAUAUGCAGUGAUCUAUUGCUUUUAUAUUGAAUUUGCAGAAUGUAGAAUUAAUCUCUUAAAAUAUUUAGGUAGUCUACUUUUUCAGUCAUUUGUUGAUAUGUAUAAAAUCGAGUUGUUAAAUAUAUUUAAAACAAUAUUCUGUACUUAAAUUCCCAAAUGUUUUGUAUUGGAAUCACUUGGGAAAUUUUUGGUUUUAAGUGGUUUAUAAUUUCCAAAAUUAAGAAAACUGGAUCAACAAAAUUAUAUGCAAACCAGGUCAUGAAAAAUUUUUUAUUUAGCUUUAUUUUUUAGGGGUUUAGAUUAAAAUCUGUUAUCUGAAUUCAACAUGAAUAACUGGAUUUUUUUAUAAUCUGAAAUGAUCCUUUGGGAUUAUCUGGCUUAAUCCUUUUAUUUUAUAUGUUAAUAAACGAGGCACAGAGAAGUCCACUUGUUCUGGCCAGCAUUACUUAGUACAGUGCCAGUAUAACGAUAUAUAGAUCUCCUGAUUGUUACAACUGAUAGUUAACUAUAUACUAAUGAAGUACUGAGUGAAUAUUCGCCUUAUGCCAUCUUCUCAACAGCCCAUUUCAGAAUUUUCAGUCUUACAAAAACAUUUUUCUUUAUUGCAGUAUACAUUUUAAUUUUGAAUUGCCAUUAGCAUAAAUUUUAGAGUGGAGUCAGCAUGCUUCAGGUUGAAUAGUAAGAUCCUCCAUAAUCUGUCAAAGGUUAUAUAUCCACCAUAUGUAUAUGUAUAUGUGUAUAUAUAUGUAUACACACAUCCCAGUACAUUCAGACUUUUUAAUUUAAGUCAUAUUCAUUAAUGUUCUUUGGAAAUGUUUUAUGUUCACCAACUUAAAAUCAUCUUGUUCCUCUCCAAAAUAAAAAAGAAUAAAAAUGCAGUAAUUAUG